AUGGCCAGUACAAGCUUGACGGCCUCCUAUCUGACGCCGGACCCGAGCUUCAAUUGUGUUCUAUUCUUUCUACUCUAUUUCAAUCGACUGUUUGCGACCCUCCUCUCCUACGCGAUCCGAUCAUACACCUGGCAUUACUACCGCGCUUACGUCGACAUAAAUGCCUUACAAAUUUCCCUCCUCGGUGGACGAAUAUUCUUUAAGGGGAUUCGGUACCAUGGCGCGAACGAGACAAUCUUCAUCCAUGGCGGUUUCAUAACAUGGCGAUAUUGGAAGCGCAAGGUUGAGCGCACGAAGCUUUCCGGCAUAAAGCCCGAUCCCAGCCGACCAGAUGCGUUAGGGAAAGACCGCAAUGACUCCGCCCAUGGCGAAAGCACGGGUGCGACAAGCAGGAACGACAAUGUUGAGGAGCAGGGUGGAGUCGAGAAGACGGCCGAGUUACCAUGCCGCAUAUCAAUCAAGGCUUACGGUUUAGAAUGGUUCAUCUAUAACCGUACUCCUGCUUAUGACAGUAUUCUUGCUGGGUUCGGGUACAAGGACAGCGCCGACGGAGAAAACACCCCUGGGCCUGCUUCUCCGACUGAACCACAAUCGAAUCUCCAGAGGUCCAAAACGACCUUCGACACUCUUUCAGAGCAAAGUCCCAAUGGUGGAGAAGCUCUUGGAGCCAGGAAUACCGAAUUGCGCGAAGCUGAGCUUUCUGACCCAGUCUCUAGUAUGCUCGAGCUCCUGCCGGUGAAGCUGGACUGCAGCAAAGGCGCCAUUGUGAUUGGAAAUGAAAACACUCGAUCUGUUUUGACGACGACAUUCGAUAGUGCUGCAGGGACCAUUGCCGCCUGCAGUUCAGGACCCAUGGACUUGUAUCGGCAGCUGUUCUCGUUCAAGUUUAAGCAUCCAGUGGUUCAGAUGCGGCCAAAUCCCGAUUUCAAGCAAGAUCAGGUGUCGACUGCAAAAGUGCUGGCUGCAGAGCAAGAGCACGAUAAUUCUCCGAAUCUGAAACGGGAUUUUCUCAAGCAGAAGGUGCACAAGCACAAAGUAUGGCACAGUAUUCGUGACCUUGUUCCUUACUUUCAAACAUCUGUGGAAUCUUUCCAGGUUAAUGGACAGGGUGGCAGCAUGCCAAGGAGCGAGGCUGAAUUUCCUGAUGUUCGUUGGACUGGCCUGUCCCGAUAUUUGGAUGAAUAUUAUGAAGAUGAGCAUGAACAAUGGAACUCAAUCGAGUACGCCAGGUUCCCAACGAUUGUCGACAGUCCAGCCUUGGAUUUGACAUACUACUGGGACGUUCCGGGACGAGUUUUCUCUCAGCAUCCGGCGUCUGUUGAGUCUACCCAAGGGAAACAAAACAAUAUCAACCUCACUAUUCCUCCAGAAUGGGGCAUGGACAUCAGAAUUGACGGGGGCGCUAUCAACUACGGGCCAUGGUCCGACAGGGAGCGGGUCGGCUUACAGAACGUAUUCUUCCCCAACUUUUACCGAAGUUCUGAACCUGCAGAGCAAUUGGCUCCGGGUGUCUUGAGACAAAGUACAUCUUUCAAUUUACGUAUUGAAGUCAACAAAGAGCUCACAAUUCGGAUCCCAACUAGGGAGCAGUCUAAGGAUUGGACCUGGAAAGGGCGCGCAGAUGCCGUUCGAGGAUCUGCCGGAGCAAAGAGGCAACAGGAACGAAGAAAGUCACGGGUUAAGGAAACCGAGAAAAGCCACAUUGGCUCAGAUGUUCGGCCUUUUGGAUGGCUCUCACUCGCCAUAGGCCCUGAUUCAACUAUCAGCUAUGCCAUGGACAUGGUAGCAUCGAGCCACGGGUUUCGCAAUGAGCUCUCUCUUGACUUGCGCAAAUCCAGGUUGUCAUCAAGUGUGAAUCAUGCUUUGCUCUGGCAAUGUCCACGACAGCUGGUAACUUGCGACUUAUCCAAUCCUAUCUCCUGGAAUAGUCUUCGUUCAUGGAGGUUUUCCGUUCACAGCAAUGACCUUGAACUCUUCAUCCUGCGAGAUCACAUUUUCCUUCUGACUGAUCUGGUGAGCGAUUGGACUUCAGGUCCACCGUCAGAGUACUACACGUUUGUGCCGUUCAUUUACAACAUCGACCUCUCCUUUUCCAACAUCCAACUAUACGUGAACGUUAAUGAUGGAAAUAUCAUUAGCAACCCAUCUGACCUUGAAGAUAAUUGUUUCAUUGUUAUCAAGGCGGAAGAGUUGAAAUCGAAUGUGAUAAUCCCACUGAAUAAGUUUCAACCAGACCAGAAUGCGGUGGAAUUCAAAGUCAACCUCGAGGAUGGCGGUGUGGACUAUCUGACUCCUGCGUGGGAUACGUUGCACACUUUCCUCCCAGGGAACUCCAUGGCUACCCUUGAUAGCCUCUUCAUUGACGGAUCUUACAACUAUUUCAGCUCGACGGCCCCUGAUCUGAUUGAUACGCUUGUGCUGAACAUCGAUGGUUCUUCGCCGCGACUAUAUCUCUACGGGUUUUUGAUCAAAAGUUUCAUGACCGUCAAGGAAAAUUACUUCGGCGAUGACAUGCAUUUCAAAACCUUGGAGGAGUACCAAGAGCUGGCCUAUGCGGAAGAGCAACCCUCAAAUCCCACAGGCAUCAAUCCGAACCGAAAAUCGAACGACAUGGAUGUCUUGGUCCACGUCACCGUGGAAAACCCGUGCAUCAUGCUACCUGAGAGCAUUUAUGACAAUAUGAGGUGCUCAAGACUCUCUGGUCCCUCGCUCGACAUUGAUCUGCGAUUCACCAAUUACUACAUGGACAUGCAACUUUCCGUCAGCCCACUCAAGCUAGAUUUGCAAUCAACCCAUCCGGAUGGGUCAUCAAGCAUCUCUGGCACCCAACUAUUCAUCGACGGUAUCUCCGUUCAUGGGCAUCGUCUGUUUGGAUUACCCCCAGCAGAGCCAACUUACGUUUGUAAUUGGGAUUUUGACGUGGGGAAGAUCAUUGGUGAAUGCUCUACGGAGUUUCUGGCAUGCCUGGCAUCCAGUCUCAAGAGCUUCGAUUUUUCGUUUGAUAACGAGGAAAAUGCAUUACCUCCACUCUUCCCGCCUAUUCUCCAUGAUGUGACAUUCCUCAGAGCCAAGAUCGGCUCGAUUCACAUUUCUGUGCUCUUAAAUCAGGAUGCGAUUCUCUUGAGCACGAAACCGUUGUCGACGCAAUUCAAUGAUUGGACAAACUCUAAGUUCUCGAAACGCAUGAGUCUACUGGUCCCCAACGUCUCAAUUGCUGUGGUUGAUCGUCAUGCAGUCGCCCAGGCUUUACGAUCACCUGGGAAGACUGUUGCACCCUUGGGCCUUGUGAAAUUGACCAUCGGCCUGAAAAUGGCUAUGCGCAAGCAUGAUAUCGCAGAACACCGACGGCUUCAGCAAGAGCACAUCAGAAUCCAUGAUCAGCGUACACAUCGAUCCCAAUGGUUACUAUUUGACUGGGAAGAGAUAGGUCCGACUUCAUCCUUUGCGAGGGGUGAUGAUAUCGAUCCCCCAACGAUGGCGAUACCCUCAAUGCCAGAGCCUAUAUUUGGGCGAUUGGGAAACAUCCCGUCUUAUCGAAGAUUUUCGGGAGCUCAAGCGAAUGGAAGUGUGAGAAGCUUCCUUGUGCAUUCUGAGACCUCGAGCCUGAAAAGCGUUAAGUCACCCUCCAGGAAUACCUCCCGUCCGUUGUCGAGCGUGGAACAAAAUUCCAGACCUGUCCCACCAAGUCGAGAUGGAAGCUGGUCCACGGCACCUCCCGGCCGAAUGAAGGACAGUGAGAGCUUUGGUCGACCCAAGACUAGUCCGUACUCGUCUGCUGCAAUCAGAGAUUCGAACCCUUGGGUUCUUCCACAGUUUUCUUAUUACAAGCUUUCUUUGGACGCGUCUGAGCUUCCAUCGUCAAGCAGUGACAACGACACUGCUGGAACAGAGAACGAUGAUGAAGUCAACCAGAAGUCCAUGUUCCUGACCUUUGAGGAUGAUCAGACCUCAUACACUAACCUUGCCUUGGACCUGCCGCUGGGCAUUAAAGGAUUUUGUACACCGCGGUUCCUUCUCGGCUUGGCUUCUCUGAUGGAAGGGCUUGAGCCGAAGCAACCGGUGCAAAUCAUAGACUCAUUACAGAAGGAUGUCAUAUCUGACAUUGUUGGCUACGAGAAGUCUAUGAACCAGCCCAAGCAAACCACUGCCAUCGCGUUUCGUAUCCCGCUCAUCCAAUUUCGAAUGGUUGAUCUUUCCGAAUCACCAGAAGAUAGGCGUAUUGAGUUUCGCGACGAAUACUCCAUUGGGAUCUAUCGUUUGCGGGCAGAAUUCCAGAAACGAGUGCAAAGAAAAAAGGGAGAUCUACUUGAGGGUCUCAACCAAGGUAUCACGGCUCAUGCGGCGGCCGAUCGCCUGUCGGUCUCUGUGGAGGGAAGUCGUACAGAUGCUUUCCAGGAGAAAGCUGUCUUCAAUUUCGACCUGGGUGACCUGAACUUCUGGCUGGUCACUGCUCCCAGCAUUUGCACGAACAUUCAGAUGCGGCACGUCAAUACUGUGACCUCAGCAAGAUCGGUGGAACGCUUAGCUUUCCUUGUCCGUCGAGCCACAAUGAUGUUUGAUUCUGUUGCAUCGGCUUUCAAGCAUGUCUCAGCGUUAAGCAAACGACGGCUGCAAUUCCUCAUCUACUUCGCCACACAUUCAUCCUCUGAUAUCCCGGACCCAAUCUUCCUAACACGUAUCUCUUAUGUGCUUCGAGUUGCUUCAACCCACCUGCGGCAACAUGACUCGUGGAAGAUCAUUUCUCGUAUUCGCAAUAUCUACAGGAACCUACCUGACCACCAGAAGAGAGAACUCGAACAAAAAUGCUCUGGCGACAAUAUCCCUUUACCACCCGAUGCCAGAUCGACUGUUCUGACCGGCUUCGACCAAUGGCGGGCGUGGGAUCUUGCCCAUGUCGAGAAAAGCUAUGUCAUGCGUCAAAUAUGGUCAACUCCUGAUCCUCAGCCGUCAACUCCGGAGCCCAUGAUUACCUUGUCAUGCACCGUGAAAAUAAUCAGAUUUUCCUUGGAUCCAGGUCCCCGAGAAAGUGAUUUUAUUGUCGAAAAUUUGUCGACAGUGACCUCUCUUGUCCCAAAUCAGACUUUCCAAGAAGGCGGCAAGGAAAGGCAUAAGGAAGUUGUCACGGCGCACGCGUAUUGUGCCUCGGCGGCUCUUCGCUUGCGAUGGGAGAUUGUCGAUCUCAUUGAAGGAAUAAUCAAGGUCAUGUCGACUGUCACGCUGAAAUCUUCGACAGAUCAGUCCACGAUAAGCACAAAGCCAACAGAGUUGCAGAUAAUCUUUGGCACUGACUUCGGAUCAAUUACUCUUGAUGCCAUCAAUGUCAAAUUGGCCUUGAUUUCUAGAUCUCUGCGGGCCUCGAUUGUGCACAGCUCUUGCAACAUCAUGAAGAGUCACCAGGAAUGUAUUGCUCUGCUUUUUAGUGCUGAAGCUUGCUCGUCGGAGCUUUUGAGUCGGUCUGGUAGUCUCAUGUUGUCGAAAAUCACCGACCCAUAUCUCUACUUCUCGUUCGUGUCCGACGAAGACGAGGUGGAGUGUAAGCAUGACUGGAAGGUCGCUGGGUCUUCUAGGAGACUCCGCUAUGCGAUGAAGGAGGACCCAGUCAGCUUGGCUCUUACCGCAGAUCGUGUGAUUGAGGAUGAAGUCAAAUACAUUCGGCACCUCGUUGACUACGUUAAAAUGCUCAAAUCCGAGAAACUCAAGAUGCCAGCGGCGGAGAAGCCGACGCGUGAUGACAUUCACGUCGCAAUGUUCCUAGAGGACUAUCGACUUAGCUUCAGUCUUCUGCCGUCAUUGACUUAUCUUGUUUCUGGCGAGGUAGCCCGCAUGUCCGUCAUGCCGGCCGAAUCAUCUAAGAUUGAAGUUGACUUUGAUCUGAAGAAGAAUUCACAUAUGUUCAUGUCCGGAGAGGGUGAAACAAGCCAUGCUCUGUCGAUUAUUGAACUUCCUCCUACUAACGGUCGGAUCCUUGCGAAUGUGCAGUCUGACCGCAAGGAAUUGGAGGUUGACAUGAGUGUCGAACUUAUUCGUCUGGAGGCUAGCGCUGUGCGGGGCUUAUUGGCUGUUUUGACAGGGCCCGACAUUGCCCAUCUGCUGUCCGAUCUGAAGCAGAACGUGGAGGUUCUACAGUCUCAUCUGGGCGACGUACUCUCGCUACCAAAGACCAAGCCAGAACCUGAACCGUCUUCGAUUGAUACAGUGAUACUCUACAAGUCUCGCCUCACAAUGGCUGGGUUCGAGAUCCAUGCCAUUGCCCCCGGAUUAAACAGCAAGGCAUAUUCUGCGGAGAUGAUCUUUAGCCUUGGAAUGGUGCAAAUGCGACUUCAGAAUGGUUUGGACCGAGGCUACUCAAUGGAGUACCCUGAAUUUAGUAUCGACGCUUCCCAAAUCAAAUUUGAGCUGCGAAGGCAAGAGAGAACCAAGGCCACUCCCUAUGGUGGCCUUACUGCAGGUAUCAAAUUACUCGGGACCUCGAGUGUUCGCGAAAAUGGCGAAGUGAUGCGUGCCUACCAUUUCACAAGCGAUCAAUUCGAUGUUGAGCUCUUUGCUGAAACAGCCGCCUUGGUGGUGGAUAUUGCUAUCUACACACAGGAACGCAUCAAGACGCUGGACUUGUCGCAUGAGGUUGAACGUCUCCGAAGACUUCGACGCCGCAAUCACAAUGACGCAGUCACACCGGCCUCUGAGGUACCUCAGAUUCAUAUAGAGGACAAUGAUGAAGCCCAGGCACAGCCCUUCUUAAAUGCAUUGUACUCUUUGCAAUUCCAAGACAUCCAAGUUGCAUGGAACAUGUCGACGCCACUCUCCAGUGGCUCUGGUCGCCAACCUGAAGAUCUGGUAUUCUCGAUCCACAAGGUUGAGCUAUCCAAUAAGAAGAAAAACGCCGCCAAACUACGAAUCGAGGAUAUGAAAUUGCAAAUGGUUCCUUUCCGAGCGGACAGAAAGAAGCGCUCGCUGAACUCCGCUCUCAUGCCUGAGCUGGUCUUCAAUGUUGCAUACUACUCAAGUGGAAAGGAGUUGUGGCUCGCCUUCCAGGCAGCUGGAAAGUCACUGGACAUUCGUGCAACAUCCGAAUUCAUUCUUCCAGCCGACAUGAUUCGGAACUCAAUUGCAUCCGCCACUGAGGCUUUACGAGAGGGCAAGGUAGCCUGGGCAACGAAGCCGUCGCUUGAUGAUACUGCCGACGAUCGCAGUCUCUUCGGCAAGAGAAGACUUCGGUCCGUACUCGUGGAUGUUGACUUCGCCGGUGCUACUGUUACGCUCCAAGGAAAGCAGCAACGCAACCCCCAGAACUUGAUGACAGCCAGAAUGAAAGGCAAUCCCCUUGCGGAGGCGAAAUACGGUGAUUAUGUGCAAGGCGAACCGGCAACUACCGCGACUUUACGUGCGCCUGGAGUGGCUUUGAAGGUUCAAUUUGAAGAUAACGGCACCGACGACCCGGCACUCAAUGCAGAGCUCAAGGUCAACCCCUCUACGAACGUAUUGUUCCCGACUCUUGUUCCACUAGUCAAACAAAUGAGCGCCACGGUCAAGGAAAUCAUGGGAAAGCAGCAGCAAAAUCAGCAACAGAGCCAAUUAGGGGCUCCUCAGCAAGACAAACCUCGGAGGGCGUCAACCGCGGCUAAGCUCCAAUCACAGAAGCUGGUACAAGACACUCCGUUUGGCGCCCCUGAUCCAACUUCCAUUCUUGGACGGUGCAAAGUGAACCUUGGACUGCUGUUCUACAAGCAGGAGUUCAGUCUGAGCUGUCAGCCCAUUGCCAGAGUGGCAGCCAUGGCCAGGUUCGAGAGUGUCUAUGUGACCGUUAAUACAGUGCAGUCAGCUGAGCAGGGCCGCUUCCUUGCCCUCUCCUUGGCGUUCAACAGCUUAGAGGCCUCGAUCAAGCACGAAUACUCCAACGAGUCAACGGCAAGCUUCCAAGUCAAGUCUAUGAUAUUGUCUCUGAUGAACAGCAAGCAUCUCGGCCGAAUGAGCGGCAUGUCCGCUAUCCUGCGGGUCAGUCCCAUGAAGGUCUCGUUGAACGCCAAGCAAGUGCAAGAUUCGCUGCUAUUCCAGGAAAUCUGGGUACCGUCUGGCGAUGAGUCGAGCGCUAGCUUGAAUGCCCAGCCAGAGCAACCGGAAGCCCAAACCUACAUUGUGCAGCGAUAUCAUCAGGUCGCUGUCGCCUCCGCCUUCCCUUGGAAUACUACCAUUGCCAUUGAGAAGUUAGAGAUCCAGCUCGACCUGGGUUCGACACUGGGCAAGGCAGCGUUUGCCAUCGACAACCUUUGGGUGUCCUCGAAUAAGACAUCGGAUAGCGAACAAAGCAUGUGUAUCAACUUCGACAGCGUUGGCAUUGAAAGCAAGGGCCGCCUGAGUGGUGUUGUUGAGCUCAGGGGACUCAAGAUUCGCACAUCUAUCAAAUGGCCCGAGCAAACUCGAGAGGACUGGCACACGCCGCUCAUUCAGGCGUCUAUUGCGUUCCGUCAUCUUCAAGCCAAGGUUUCGUUCGAUUACCAGCCAUUCUUGGCAGCACACAUUGCCAUGUUCGACUUCUUGAUGUACAAUGUCCGCGAGGCCUCCGGAAAUGAAAGCGAGCGACUCUUCAGUAUUUUGGAGGGCGAUAAGGUUCAAUUAUUCUGCACUUCCUUGACAGCAUCGCAGGCCCUGGCACUCUUCCAGGCUUGGCAACGCCUAGUCCAAGACAAGCAAGCAGCGUACGAGGCGUCUCUGCGCGAGGUGGAGCGAUACCUGCGACGCAAGUCUACUGCUGUCCCAGACCGGAUGGAAGCCCGUACCAAGGAACUCGCAAAGAAGGACGACGAGUCAGAAAGAGCUCCCAUCUCACUACACACGGGUGUGGUGGUGAACAUCCGUCACGUCGAUCUUGGAGUGUUCCCCAGUUCAUUCUUCGACAAUCAGAUCUUCAAGGUGGAGGCCUACGAUGCCCAAGCAAGGUUUACCGUUUCGCUGGAAUCAAACAAGAUUCACAGCGCACUGGGUCUCACUCUGGGUCAGCUACGUGUUGCCUUAUCCGGCAUCAGUCGCCCCGCUUCCGCCCAACCUGACGAGCUUUCGGUGCACGAUAUCGCCCAACGGGCAGCCGGCUCCCGUGGCGGUACAAUUCUCAAAGUACCGCGACUUGUGGCAGGAAUGGAAACCUGGCAAGAGCCCGGCACCAAGCACAUCGACUACAUCUUCCGGAGUACGUUCGAAGGCAAGGUGGAUGUAGGCUGGAACUACUCGCGUAUCAGUUUCAUUCGGGACAUGUGGGAGACACACUCGCGGGCCCUAGCUACCCGACUCGGCAAACCUUUGCCACCGUCAGCCGUCCGGAUCACGGGGGGUCCUGGAAGCAUCAGUGAGGGCGGUGGCGAGGGAUCAGAGCAGCAAGAGAAGAUCACGGCAGUGGUCAACGUGCCGCAGUCGAAAUACACCUACACGGCGCUAGAGCCACCGGUCAUUGAGACGCCACAGCUGCGAGACAUGGGAGAGGCGACACCGCCGCUGGAGUGGAUUGGGUUGCAGCGAGACAAGCUGCCCAAUGUCACGCACCAGAUCAUCAUUGUGACUCUGCUGGAAAUCGCAAAGGAGGUGGAGGAUGCGUAUGGGACGAUCCUGGGAGCUUGA